CCAGCAGUGCCACCCGCAAGUUCCGCCCACCUGUGCCCAGCAGUGCGCCCACUAGCUCCGCCCACCUGUGCCCAGCAGAUCACCCACCUGUGCCCAGCAGUGCACCCACCUGUGCCACUCUGCAGUGUCACACACCUGUGCCCAGAAGUGCCACCUACCUGUGCCCAGAAGUGCCACCCACCUGUGCCCACCCACCAGUGCCGCCCACCAGUGCCGCCCACCAGUGCCGCCCAUCAGUGCCCAGCAGUGAUGCCAGUCAGUGCCGUCUAUCAGUACCCCAUCAUCAUCAGUGUCACCUAUCAGUGCUGCAUAUUAGUGCCGCCUAUCCGUGACACCUCAUUAGUGCUAUCUAUCAGUGCCGCCUAUCCGUGCCACCUCAUUAGUACUGCCUAUCAGUGCCGCCUAUCAGUGCCCAUCAGUGCUGCCUCAUCAACGCACAUCAGUGAAGGAGAAAAAAUACCUGUUUGA